CAUGGAUGGCGAUGUGAAUGCUACGAGUGAGUAGUGUUCGUGCGGUGCAGUGCGCCAGGUACAGCGCUAUGGCAUGGAUCGGAUGCCCCCGCCUAGAGCCCCUCUGACCCAACUUAAACUUGCUACAAUCGGCUACCAUCCACGUGCUGCUCCGCUUGGCCGAUAGUGAUAUCAUAAACCCAUUUGGAUCCAUCCAUGGAGCAAGAGAUCUUUGCGUUCGUCCGUCCGGCCGAAAAGAAGGGGAUUCUACCUGCUGGAUGCAACUCGGGGAAGAGGAGCUACAGUGCCGAGUUACUGCUAGUAGAGAGAAACUUGGUCCAACACUUGGUGCUGCUAGAGGCGACAUUUAUUGCGCACGCCCUCCAAUACAUGUUGGUGGUGCGUGCGUGGUUCCAUGAGGAAGGAGCAGCAGCGCAGCAAGCAGCAGAGCACAUAAAAUCUGCGUUUGGGAGAGACAAGCGCACGAGCAAGGGGACACACCGAUACUUUGUAAGAAUUUGAUCCACAUGGACAGGGUAGUCUGGGUGGGAUUGAUAGCUGCAGCAUGCUGGAUUGCGGUGCUCAAGCUCGUGGAGCUCGUGGUCAAAUCGUGGUGGAGGCGGAGGAGGAUCUGCCAGGUGAUGGAAGGCCAAGGGAUUCGAGGGCCUCCGUGCAACCUGCUGGAUGGGAAUUACUCGGAGAUAAAGAGGAUGCAAGCCGAGGCUGCCGCGGUGGACAUGCCGGCUCUCACUCACGACAUCGUCGCCAGAGUCUUUCCCUUCCAGCACAAAUGCACGCAGCUCUAUGGCAAGCACUUCCUGCAUUGGUGGGGGCAAGAUCCGAUCAUCCACAUCACGGAGCCGGAGCUGAUUGUGGAGGUUUUGUCGCUCAAGUUUGGACACUGGCAGAAGUCCUCGCAGCUGCGGCGGGCUAUGGAGUUUCUGUUUGGAAAGGGCCUCCUGGUGGCAGUGGGAGAGGAUUGGGUCCGCCAGAGGCACGCCGUGAAUUCGGCCCUCAGCGCGGAGAAGAUCAAGUGCUUUGUGGAGGUGGUGAUCUGCUGCGUCAAGCCCAUGGUGCGCAAGUGGGAGCAACGAGUGGAGGAAGGCGGCGAGGCGGAGGUGGAGGUGAAGCAGGACAUGCUCGACAUGGCCACGGAGAUCAUACUGCGCAGCUCCUUCGGUGACGAGUGCUACGACGAGGCCAGGAGAUAUCCCGAGCUGGUCUACCGCCUGCUGGGACUCACAUCCAAGUCGUCUCCUUUCAACAGUCUCAUCCCGAGCUUUGUCCCAACCAAGAAGAAUCAGCUGCUCAAAGAGAUCGAGCAGUGCUUCUACCGGGUGGUGGCAACGCACACGCAGCAGCGCAACACCAUCUUGAGCUCCCUGCUCGGCUGCGCAGCCAGAAGCAGCCUCAGCGUCCAGCACGUCAUCGACGAGUGCAAGAACAUCGUGUUUGCGGGGCACGAGACCACGGCACACAUGCUCACGUGGACGAUGAUGCUCCUGGGCCUCCACCCCGAGUGGCAACAGCGAGCGUUUGAGGAGGUGGCGGAGGUGUGCAAGGGCCGGGAUCCCACGUCGGACACGCUCAGCAAGCUCAGAGUCAUGAACAUGAUCGUGAACGAGUCACUGCGACUGUAUCCUCCGGGAGCCCAGACCGCGCGGGAAGCUCUCAAGGACAUGAAGCUGGGCGACCGCAUCACCAUUCCCGCCGGAGUCUCGGUGGCCAUCAACAUCGUCGAGGUACACCGCAGCGUGGAAAUGUGGGGUGACGACGCCCUGGAAUUCAAGCCGCAGCGCUUCGCAGAGGGUGUGUCGAGGGCGUGCAAGCAACCCGUGGGUGGCUAUCUCCCCUUUCUACUCGGCCCGCGCGUGUGCGUCGGCCAAGGCCUGGCGCUCAUGGAGGCCAAGCUCGCCCUGGUCCUCAUCUUGCAGCGCUUGUCGUGGCGGCUAUCGCCAAACUAUCGCCACGCUCCCAUUGUCGCGCUCACCCUCCAACCGCAGCACGGCAUGCAACUCGUCAUAUCACCGAGAAGAACACACGAUCGAUAAUUGAUUCAAACCAGUUGUGUACCUCGAUCAAGCAUGGUUGGCUGGCUGGUAUACAGUUUUAGGAGAUAAGGAUUGAA